GUCAGGAAUUGUGAAAAACUGAGUUUAAAAUGUUUUUGGCUAAGGUGUAUGUAAACGGUACAUUUGAGCAGCGUACAGGACAAACAAACUGGUUCAACGUUGGUUUAGUGGAAAAAAUAUUAAAACGACUACAGGCAAUGUAUUGGAAGACUUCUAACAGAUUUUGUUCUUAAAAUAGCAGAAAAGUAAGAUUGCUAAUAUUUCUGAAAUCAUAAUAUGUACGUCUUCAUGACAGAAGUUAAAAGAUAUUAUAUCCCAGAACCCUUCUGUGAUCUCUUUCUCUCUCUCAGACACACACAGGUGAUAUAUAGGUGGUUGUAAAUGUUGACAUUGACAGUGAUAAGUACUAUUGUUGAUAUUUGGUUCAAGGUCUUAAAAGUCAGACUUAUUUUCUGUUUGUAACACUUCAUGACACAUCACUGACAGAAGGAAAACGGUUGCCAUGAGAGUGAUGCCAACAACACAGGAAACCACAGAGAAAGCAGCUGUGCUACUGACAUGCUGAGACCCAUGAAGUCAGACAGCGGCCCUCCCACCGAUGCUCCACCCACUGCUAAUCAACCGUCAGAGACGGAAGAGAAAGUGAUAAAUCUCACUGGCUCUUUUUCCUGGUUCAUUUGAAGUCAACGAAAUAAGCAGAACAGACCCAGCUACUAUCGCAAUUGGUGUUUAUGGGAGAACUACCCCUUAAGCAGAGCCAGGAACGGUGACUAACGUAAAUGGACAACGGUAAACAGCGUCAUAAUUUACCUGAAACGUAAUAAAGCCCAUUUUUUUUAAAAACAUAGUCGUUGACAUUCAGAGAGCUGACAUUCUGAGCCUCAGAUUGUUAGAGUAACUUAUCUCUGUCAGACUUCUAUACACCCUCUUUGAUACAAUCUUACCCAAAUGCAUGAUGGGGGUCUGCCACAACUUCUGGACCCAGCGCCCCCCACCUGACGCCCAUGAUGCCCAGCCCCUCAUCUCUAAACAAUGCAGUACUGAUGAUGGCCAGAAGGGGGAGGACAAAACACAGCUCAAAAAGAGACGCUGGUGUCGCAACAGCUGCCUUUGCCUGUUUCUGUUCCUGGUCGUGAUGAUGAUUGUGGUCAUCCUGGCAGUUGACCUCAAAGAAAGGAUCUCACCUUCAACAACCAAGCCAGCAGCAAACAUGUCAGUUGCGAUUCUGGCCGCUCCUCCCCCGUACGUGUCCCGAGGACCGUACCAUGUACAAUACCCACAUGAGUACUCCUUCAUCCUGGAUGAGCCAGAGAAAUGCCGGGAGCAGAACCCCUUCCUGGUUCUGAUGGUGCCAGUGGCGCCCUAUAACAGGGAGGCCCGUGAGGCCGUCCGCAGGACUUGGGGCAGUGAGAGGCAGGUACUGGGCAGAGAGGUCCGUCUGUUCUUCCUGCUGGGACUGCCCAGUGGAGAGGAGACAGAGCAGCUCCAGGAGAAGGUGCUGCAGGAGAGCAAAGAGCACCAGGAUCUGCUGCAGAGCGACUUCAUAGACAGCUACAAAAACCUGACCAUCAAGACCAUGGUGAUGAUGGAGUGGCUGAGCUCUCGCUGCCCCAACGCCUCCUACGCCAUGAAGAUCGACUCAGACAUGUUCCUCAACGUGAACACCUUGGUCAACAUGCUGCUUCACGCUCCAACGCAGAACUACCAGACUGGACUAGUGGCUCAAUGGGCCGCUGUUCUAAGAGACCAUAACUCCAAAUGGUACCUUCCAAAGGAGGUGUUUCCUGAACCGGUAUACCCACCUUAUGCUCUGGGCUUGGGCUAUGUCUUCACCUUAGACCUCCCCAGGAAGCUGGUGGAGGCGUCCAGGCAUGUUAAAGCCGUCUACAUAGAGGAUGUGUAUCUGGGACUGUGUAUGAGACACCUGGGCAUCCGGCCUACUGACCCCCCCAGUGGAAACCUCUUCCAGGUUUUCCCUGUGGCUUAUGACCGCUGCACCUACUCACGGCUGAUAGCCACCACCACCCACAGUAUCACUCACCAGGUCAACGCAUGGACAGACCUACACAAACCUGGUCCUCCCUGCUGAUCUCAUACAGUAACAGACUGACUGAUGUACCAAUCACUUCCUCGUUGUUUGUUCAUACACUAACUAACUAACAAACAAAAAACAAUGAUGGCAACACCUCCAGGGGAUGGGAAAAGGAUAUACUGUGCAUUUGGAAAGUAUUCAGACCCCUUGACUUUUUACACAUUUUGUUAUGUUACAGACUUAUUCUAAAAUGGAUUAAAUGAAUUUAAAAAACCUCAGUAGCCUCACACAAUACCCCAUAAUGACAUCACAAUACCCCAUCAUGACAUCACAAUACCCCAUAAUGACAAAGCAAAA